AUGUUCGUGUACGGGGAUCCUUACGGGAGCAUCCACGGGUUCUGCGACAAGUGCUUCGAGAAUGAGUGCACCGUGACCCGGGACAUUAACACCACGAUCGUCAAGAACAAGAUCUCGUACACAGCCCGCUUCGGGUGCAUCAUCCCGCCCAGCACCGCCUUCGACACUACCUACGACACGGCCUCCAUAGCUAGAACCGAGGACGACCAGCUUACCAGGAACAUGCACGAGGCCGUCUCAUACGUUGCUGCACUGUUCAUGUUUCUGCUCAGCUGCGAAGUGCCAGAAGGCGUCGGCAGAAGCGUUUUCCGGCACUGGCCAGCCAGCUCAAGUACGAAGCUAUUUUUGCGCUGCCGGAUCGGCUUCAACUGA